GUAAAUGUCAGUCGGAGUGUCAAAUAAAAUAGGUGUUUUGAUUUUUUUGCGUAAAUAAUUUUAGUAUAAAAAUAUUAAUGUCGCAAUAGAAGUAAAAGUAAUGAUAGCAAAUCUCGUGAUAAACACAUUGUAGACUGACUAUGCAAUCGUGACGCGCGAUUUUGGCGCGAGGUGCCGUGUCGAAUAUGUUAGAUGGUAAUACGAAGAGGCGACCUCAGUAAAAUGCCUUGUGAGAGCUGUGCCGUCCAGUUUAGUGUGUUUCGACGGAAGCGGGCUUGUUGCGAGUGUGAGAGGUACUACUGCAGCGGCUGCCUGCGGCGCGGCGGCGGCGCCAUGUGCGCGCCGUGCCGGGUGCUGUCCACUCGGCCCCUGUCGCGCCAGACUAUAGCCCAUCUCAAAGUCCGCGACUUGCAGUGCUUCCUACAUCGCCAGAACGUCUCCACACGGGGCUGCGUCGAGAAAGAGGAGCUGGUAAGCCUGUGUGUGGCGCACGUGAACAGCGCUGCGUACCGGCGACGCGGGUCCCGCUCCGGCGCGUCGCCGUUCAGCUCGCUCAAGGGCUUCACCAACAACAUCAACGUGCUCAUCAAUAACGCCUUCGACCUGCGCACCAGCACGCCCGCCCCGCCUCCCCCCUCAGGCAACUGCUACAACUCGUCGCACUCGCACCCGCCGCCCAACAAUGUCCACAGUCCGCCGCCGGCCGCCAGGGAGCGCUUCACCACCAGGCCAGGAGGCGAGGCCGACAUAUCAGUGCCGGUGCCGCCGAGCGCGCCGGCGGGCGACAGCGGGCGCUCGCAGCUGCGCGACACGGACGACUGCUUCGAGGUGGAGGACCUCGACGACGCCGGCUGGGAGUUCGUCACCAGGCCCGCCGACCCGCUGCCCAAUGACUCAGACAUCCUAAUAGCGGAGAACGACGUGGACAUCACGAUCUCAGUGUCGGGCGCGCUAGGGCGGGCGUCCCCCCCUCCCGCGUCCCCUCCCCCUCCCUCUGCCCCGCGCACGCCGGCGGCACACGGGACGCCGCAGAGGGCCGCCAGCGAGCUGGAGCUGCACAGGGGCGAUGCUGUGGAAGACGCCGCCGACACCAGCAGUCUGCAGGACGAGCCUAUCAUGGGACAUAGCAUUAGUCUUCCAAAAGUGAUAACUCUGGACUCGCUGACUUCCACGGAGCAGUUGGAGCAGCUGAGCGUGAAGCAGCUGAAGGAGCUGCUGACCCGCAACCGAGUGGAGUUCCGCGGCUGCGUGGAGCGCGCGGAGCUGCUGUCGCGCGCGCGCACGCUGUACAGCCACCACCGGCGCUACAGGGACGAUCUGGACAGCCUGCCGCUGGAGGAGUGCUGUAAGAUCUGCAUGGCGGCGCCGCUGGAAUGCGUGCUGCUGGAGUGUGGUCACAUGGCCGCGUGCACCGCCUGCUCCAAGCAGUUGGCCGAGUGCCCCAUCUGCAGACAGUACGUGGUGCGCGCGGUGCGAGUGUUCCGCUCGUGAGACGCGCCGGGGGCGGGAACCACACAGACAUGUCGCUCCAUCACUCGUGUGUACUAGCUGCUUACAUCUGAUGUUUAAUGCUCCACGCAUGUUCUCGUUCUGAUGUGCAAAUAUUUUGAUGAAUCAAUUCUAUUUCACCAUUUGUAAAAGGUCACACGAAAAGAUCAUUACAAAUGUAUUUGGAUUCUAGCGUAUACUAUGAGUUACAUUUGAAUUAUUUCUAAAUUAUUCACUGAAUUCAGCAUACUCGAUCGUUCGCUUCGCGUAUUUUCGCAAAUUUUGUUUAGUAUUUCGAAAACUGUGUUUUAUCUUUAUAUGAUGUAAUUAAUUUAUUUUUAUGAGAACCAAAAACUGUGUUUACAAAACUGUCACUUAAAAUAUAAAUCGGAAAGCCAAUUAUAGGUUUCCACUAUUUGACGACCUCGGUGGCGCAGUAGUAAAGUUCUUGCCACUGAACCGAGAGGUCCUGGGUAUCCCCGGUCGGGUCAUGAUGGAAAAUGAUCUUUUUCUGAUUGGCCCGGUUCUUGGUUGUUUAUCUAUAUAUGUAUUUGUUAUAAAAUAUAGUAUCGUUGAGUUAGUAUCCCAUAACACAAGUCUCGAACUUACUUUGGGGCUAGCUCAAUCUGUGUGAUUUGUCCUAAUUAAUUUAUUUAUUUAUUAUAAAACAGAUUUGUUUUUUUGAGCUAUUGAACCAGCUAUAUCUAAGUUAGAGCCAUAAUCGGUAGACGGUUCAUUUUAAUUAUAUACAAAAUUAUGCCAUGAGAAAAAAUAAUUGGACAGUCGACGUCUAAUCGACGCAACGCUAGAGACAGCAGUAUCACAGCCGAAAUCCCUCUCCACAGCGUUUGUGUCAAAGCAUAGUUUAUGUAGAUCGAAAAGUUGAAUUUUAAUUCAUUUUAAAAUAUUUGCACAUUUUACGAACCCGCAAUUUUAUCAUUAAAUUCAGAAAGCACUACAAAUACUUAAAGAUCGUUAUAUGGCACACAAGCAAUGACAUUUUGCUGUGUGAAUCUGUACGACAAAAAUUCGACUUGACGGAACUUUAUAUGCUAAUGUUAGAAACACUCGCCACGAUGUUUGUGUGUAUUUGUUUGAAGCCGAACUACAUGCUGAGUACAUAAAUAUUAUGUAAAUAUCGUUAUAUAUUUUUACUAUUUUUGUACGAGAUCAAAUUGUUAUCGAAAUACAAGUCCAGUGGCGCCCCCAUUUGUAAUACAUUAUUUAAUCAAUUUUGCAGUUGUCAAUUCUUAUAGGAAAAAUAUUCUGUAAACAUUAUUAUGAACUAAAUUAUGUCCUCUUGUUUUUGCGACAAAACGUCAUAUUUCUGAUGAGGACGUCACUAGGCUCAAAUAAUAUAACGAUUUUAACCCACAGAGGAUCUCAUAUUCCUAUAUAUAGUCGUAGAUAAAGGAGAUAUAAAAAUGGUAGGUUAACAUCAUUAGUUUCGGUCACAGUGUAAUUUAAUUUUGCCUAGUUGCACAAAAGCAUAACAUUUUGCUAAAUUUUCUUCUUCGCAUCAACCAUCCUAAUUGCAGCAUAAAAUUAUAAUAUUUUGGAAUUAAAUUUUGCCUUAGCAAACUUAGUUUAGGUAUUAGUUUCAUUGUUUUGUAGCUUUUGCUUUCAGUUCCCGCGCGGCCCGAUCGAAUGCGAUCUUUUGUUGUUUAAUUGUUUUUGAUAUCUCAAGGAUCGCUAGAACACUUUGUGCGCGCUGGACCGCGGUCGUAAUGUAAAAUUAAACUAGUCGAGUCGAGCCGCGAAUUUUUGAGGUUACACCACGAUCUUAUUUAAUAUGACAGAACAAGGUGCACUGCGCGCACUUCAAAUAGAUUGCAUGUUGGAUCCGUCGUCCGCGAAAAAAUCGGACCGAAGAAGUGGUUACUGUGAACGUGUGUCCACGCAACCAACUUUUAACGGACUGCGUGGACCCCACUUUAUACCACUUGUCCUGUCCUUUUUUCUCGCGGUUGCCGGAUCCGGGUAUAAGCAUCGCGGGCAAACACCCCAACACGACAUUUAAUUUUAUAUGCUUUUUGCAACUAGGCGUAACGCAAGCGAUGCCUGGUGCAUAAUCGCUGUGCUGUUCAAUCAUAAUGUGUUGUAGAGGUAUAAUGAUUUUAGAAGGGAAAAAAAUGCACGGGUAAUUUUAUUUUGUAGCGGUUCAUGGAUGGGAUUCGAAGAUAUAGAAGAUAAAUCAAUAGGAUGGUUUUCCUUUCUUCAGUUCGGAACAGAGCUAUAUUGUUUGCAAGAUCGUAAUCGUAUUGCUAUCGACAAAGUAAAUAAAAUAAUAAACAGCAUCUUUGUCGUAAAGGAAAUUAAUCAUUUGUCAUAUUAAAUUAAUUGCAUAGCGAUGGAAGUAUGUUCGAGCAAAUAUCGUCGUGUUGUCAAUUGAACUAUAACCCUAUAAUUUUCAUUAGGAAACCAGUGGCAUGACAAUAGUUUCGCGACAUUAAUUUAGUCAAUAAUUUCACGUGUUUAUUGUCAGUGCAUUUCACGUUUACACGUGAAAAUUUCGAAUAAAUCAACGUCUCGGAUUUUGUUUCGAUACCACCAAUAACGUAAUGGAAAUUAGACUACAUUUUUAAGUUUCCAUAGCAUACAAACGACAGUGGACUUGCCUUGGAUGCUGGGCUUGUGUUGAUGAUUAGACGGAUAACUGAAGUCUGAUUCGAGAAGCUAUCAUUGUUAAAUUGUUAUAAAAAUUGCAAAAAUUACGUAAGCCACAAAAAAUGAAAAACGCAAUCUUUAAUUAGUUGUAGUUGUAGAUGGCAACGCCACUCUGUAUAACAUUUCAAUAUUCAUUUUAUCACACACAUUCUUUUUUCAGAAGGGGAAUUAUUUUUCUAUGUUAAUAUUUUAUGAAAAUCAAUUUAGGUAUAUGAAAUGGACCUUUCAUACAAGUCUGCAACAGUUUUACAUUUAGUCUCUCUUCUGUUCAAUCACAAUUGGGGUACAAUAAGAAGUUGGUGUAAAUAUAUAACAUUUUGGAACAAAUUUUGUUACUUAGUAGAAUGCUAGCGACAUUGCGGCUGUGUUAAUUGGAGCGUCGCCAAACGGGACUCUCUUCAACAUAUUUUUGUAGAACGAUAGAAUUAGUAUACAUUGCUUAGCCUAUAAGGUGAACUGCACAGAAUUUGGAAAAAUCGGACAAAACGAGGUGCUAUGUACUCUUAAUAUAUAUAAAAAGUCUGUACCUUUUGACACUCACAAAACAGUAUAAAUAAAACUUCAGUUUCAUGCGACGAACACGUCUAUGCCACUUCUAUUUGACUGUUAUUACAAAUUCUGUGUUGUCUGUUAAAAGGCAGUCUGAAGGGCAUUCUCUCAAUCUCAUACGAUGGUAACAUAUUUCAUAUAUAGUUUGUAUGUCUAUAAAGAGUUUGAGGCUUAUCUCCUCUGGGCUGGCAACUCCGGGUGUUGUCAACCAAUCUUGACCAUUCUAUUAGACAUUGCUAUGCUAGGCAAAAUCAAAUGUAAUUUGUUCCAUAUCCGUUUCUAGUCUUUAUAAACAAACAUAUUUUUUUAAAAUAAGCUAAAGACAUUAGCAGGAUUCUCCGGGGUAUGGAAGAUAGGAUUGGGCGCUUACUCGCGUGCAAUACAUUCAAUGUACUCUCCUAUUUCACAUAUCCCCACUGACACCGUAUUUCUUCUUAAUUAUUUAUUUAGUAAAUCUUUAGCUGCAUUCAGACCGCCUUGGCUGUAUAAUUAUCGUUUGUACGCCUUCCAUUAUUAUUUUAUAAUGUAAUUUUAAUUUGUAAUUUAUGUACAUACAUUAUAGUCAAAUUAGUAUGUGCGCUUUGUAUGCCUCGUUCCAGUAUUCGUUUGUAUGACUGUUUAUUUUAAGGUCCAAUUAUACUAUUUUAUCAUUAAACCUUAUCAUUUUAUAGAGAUAUUUUUAAAGCUUUUAAAAAGUUGUAAUUUCGAUAAAAAAAUUAAACAAUAAUAUUUGUCGCGACGACUUAUUGUAACUUUUAUACUAGAACACAUGUACAUAGAAGCCGUAUUUUUAAAAUUACGAAUAAAUGUAUUUAUUCCAUUGAAAUUGUAACACGAUUUAUGAAUAAAUCGGAAAUAUCACGAGCGA